AUGGCCUCAACAUCGCAAUUCAUCGGCCUCGCAAAGUCGCUGCCCGCUCCUCUGCAGCGCUUCUUUGCCCGAUAUCCCCCCGCCGCCAUCCUUCCCGAAAACGCAUCCCAGACUCGAUACCAGGAGGCGAGACCGAACCCUUUCCGCUUCUACAAGCACCCCGUGACAGGUAAAUGGCAGGAUCCCGUAUACUCCCAGCGCCGCCAGGCUGAGCUGGUCAAGAUGGCUCGUGAGAACGGUGUUGAGGAUUUGCUGCCCGAUACACGAAAGGCUACCGAAUACCAGCUGGCUCAUCGGGUCGAGCACGGCUUGAGAGUCAAGGGUACUGGUGUGGGACAGAAGGUCAAGGGUCAUAUCCACGAACGACACAUGAUUGCAAAGAUGGAAACAAGGAGAAAGGCUAUGCUGGAGAUGCCCAGUCUCAUCAAGCGCUGGAAGAGGGUGGGCAAAUACGGAUGGACCAAGUUCCCCAAAUAA